AUGGACUCGAAACUAGAGGAGAAUGAUCUUGAUAUCAGAGCGCAAGCAAGACGCGUAAUAGAGGAUAUUGAUGCCGCUCAAAGGGAUUCACCCAAUGUGGCCGACCUCUUCAACUUUUACACUCGAUAUAACGGUUUGGUCGAUGAAGCACAGCAACGGAAAAUGAUAAAAGUGCCCGAUAGAUUCUCUGUCCUGCCUGUGGAACUCAUCCAUCAGAUACUCCUCCAGUGCUGUCGUGAUUCGACAGACGACCCCCUACUACUCUCUUCCGUUUCAUCACGUUGGUUCAGACUAGUCUGCGAUUUUCCCGACAUAUGGACCAAGAUCAUGAUCAACACGAACGAGGAACAAUGGGAGGAACGACUAGAAGUUUACGCACGUCGCUCAAAGGAUCGUCUGUUGGACGUUACCUUGUGCUUUCCUCUCAGCUCUGAACAAGUUACGACCAUCAUAAACAGUCAUUGCUUGACCCGCUGGCGAUCCCUCACCGUGAUCGACACUCGCUCCGACAAGGAAAAGGGUACCUGGAGUUUUCUUCUUCGCCUGACAGAACCCCAGGACUUGCUCCAGCUCUUCCGGUUCAACAACUUUCCAGAGCUUCGUCAAGUUGACAUACGGGUCAAAUCCCCCUACACCCGAGAACCAUGUCUCUGGAGCGGCAUCUUUUUCAACACUCCCACUCUCCAAAGCCUUUCCAUCUCUCCCGUCCUACUCUCAAACCUGACCAUCAAUCUUAUCUUUAUAGAAUUUAGUGCCUUAUUGGUUUUAUUGACGGAAAACCCAGGUCUCGUCUCGAUUAAAUUAUCGUCGCAGAGACGUCUCUUCCCACUCGUAGCAAAUCACACAGCCAAGAUCCCGCUCCACCAUCUUCAGAGUCUAGUAUCUGAAGAUAUGGUCGAUGUCUUGUCAAUUCUACAGCACAUUGACUGUCCCAAUCUCCAAACGCUCCAGCUGAGCUGUGCCACCGACAAACUCCCUCCUCUGAUGGACCACAUUGUGCCCUUGCACCAUCUCAAGAUCCUCAAACUCAAGAUCGGCGGACCCACAGAAAACGAGUUUCUGCCCAAAAGCAAAUUUAGUCGCAGCCCGAGCAAUCUACACUACCUUCGCAUCGAAUACUAUGUCGCAGACGUGCCCCCUCGACAUAGAAUGUCGUCCGCCAUCUCUCAAAUAGCAACCUUUUUUCCAACAGUCAAGAUCGCUAGGAUCAUCACUGACAACAACAGCACCCAGUGGCGACAUAUCCUCGGUCGGUUUACGGACCUCGAAGAGCUGAUUAUCGAAUACGAUACCAGAAAAGUCACGUACACAGAAGACAAGGCGGCUCCCCUCGCGUCCCGAGCCAACAUUGUCUUGCCCAAACUACAAAGCCUCCAGAUAAGAGGAGACGCUGUUCAUGUCAUUCUCCGCAGCUUGAAUGCACCCAGUCUAACCUUUCUCAGCAUCAAGGAUACCAAAAGCUUUGACGUCCAUUCACAUUUAUCUCUAUCUGCACGAUUUCCUGCCGUUCAUACGUUGCAAUUCCAAGCACUCUGUCCCGAUUCGGCACUCAAAGAGAUUGAACAACGUCCAGCCAACAAACAUGCCUUGUACCCUUCCUCAAUCGAAGAACUCGUCACCAUGCACGAUUCAUGCCCUCUCCUCGAACACAUGGACCUCUCAAGA